AUGAAGCUCAUUGUGGCCUUGUCUCUCGUGUCUGCCACGUUGGCAGCCGUGUCUGACCUGCCCGUUGACAGUCAUGGUCUCGUUCAGCUCAAUGACAAGCGCUACACAGCCCUGACUGCCGUUCCGCGCGAACAUUACUCUGUUGUCCUCCUCACGGCCCUUGGCUCGCAAUACAACUGUGCGUUCUGCAAGGAGUUUGAUCCGCAGUUCAAGGCUAUCGGGUCUACAGUUCGUGCAGCGCAGGCGUCGCGUGGCAAAAACACACCAGAAAUCAUCUUGGGCAAUUUGGAUUUCAGUGCUGGCCAAGAGACUUUUCAGAAGCUGCAAAUCGCUAGUGCUCCCAACCUUUGGAUCUAUCCGCCCACCAAGGGCCCUCACGCCAAGGUUGCCAAUGAGAAUGAGUCUCCUGAGCCUAUUCGAUUUGAUUUCGCUGGUAGUUCGCCUGAAGAGCUUGGCGAUCAGGCCAUGGAAUGGAUCAGCCAGAUCACAGGCACAAAGAUGAAGAUCAAGCGUCCAUUCGACUACUUGAAGUUUACACGCAUGGUGGUGAGCAUUGCAGCAAUUAUCGGCAGUCUCUACAUAUUCUACGCUGUCGCUGGAACCAUCUUCUACUCUCGCCAUUUCUGGGCAGUCUUGACAAUUGGCGCUAUCCUCAUCUUCAACGGCGGUCAGAUGUUUACUCAGAUUCGACACAUGCCAUACAGUAGCCGUGGUGGCUACGUCGCUCAAGGCUUCCAAGAACAAUUUGGCGCCGAGGUGCACAUUGUUGCUGCGACAUAUGCCAUCCUUGCCUUCUCCACCAUUUCCUUGGCGAUCAGUGUCCCACGUAUCAAGCACGAAGGCACACAAGCUAUGCUUGCAGGCGUGUGGGUAGUGAUUCAAGUGAUGGUCUUUAGCUUCUUGCUCCAGCUCUUCCGACAGAAGAAUGGUGGCUACCCCUUCAAACUUCUUUUAUAG